GAAGCCAGCGCAUGCGCAAUCUGGGCCUUUCGUCUCAGCUGUGCGGGAAGGGCUGAGCGAGGGUACCCUCCCGGGCUCGGGGGAGAUUGUCAGGGUCAUGGCCCGCCGCUGACCGGGCCCGCCGAUUAAGGAAGGGGGCGAGGCCGUUCCGCUGCACCCUUCCCCGGGCUUCAGGCCAGUCGGCCUGGCCCUCGGCCUUCCCGCUUGGUGCUGCCGCCGCCACUGCCGGCUGAGGAGGGGAGAUGAGUUGGUUCAACGCCUCCCAGCUUUCUAGCUUCGCGAAGCAGGCCCUGUCCCAGGCCCAGAAGUCCAUCGACAGGGUCCUGGAUAUCCAGGAAGAGGAGCCGAGCGCCUGGGCAGAGACCAUUCCAUACGGAGAGCCGGGAAUAAGUCCCCCUGUCAGUGGAGGAUGGGAUACUUCAACCUGGGGGUUAAAGUCAAACAGUGAACCUCAGAGUCAGCCCGUAGCCUCUCCUAAAGCAAUUACAAAGCCUGUUCGGAGAACUGUGGUAGAUGAAUCUGAAAAUUUCUUCAGUGCCUUUCUCUCUCCAACGGAUGUUCAGACCAUUCAGAAGAGUCCAGUGGUAUCAAAACCACCAGCUAAAUCACAACGACCAGAAGAAGAAGUAAAAAGCACUUUGCAGGAAUCCUUGCACACUGGACCAUCAAGAACCUCUGAAACAACUGAAUCAAAAGUGAAAGACUCUACUCCAUGUGUAUCAGGGGAAACUCUGGCAGUAGAUACUCUGUCGCCUAAACCUGAGGGCAAGCAUGAAGAAACUGUUAAUAAAGAAUCUGAUAUGAAGGUAUCAACUGGACGUUUGAAAGUGUCCGAAAGUGUAAUUAAUGUGAAAACAACUAGAGAAAACACACCUAAUAUGUCAACGGCAGAAACAAAGGACAUGGCUUUGGAACCUAAGGAACAAAAACAUGAAGACAGACAGAGUAACACGCCUUCUCCUCCUGUUAGUACCUUCUCGUCUGGUACUUCUACCACCAGUGACAUUGAAGUUUUAGAUCAUGAAAGUGUAAUAAGUGAGAGCUCAGCAAGUUCGAGACAAGAGACGACAGAUUCAAAAUCAAGUCUUCACUUGAUGCAGACAUCUUUUCAGCUUCUCUCAGCAUCUGCUUGUCCUGAAUAUAAUCGUUUAGAUGAUUUCCAGAAACUCACUGAGAGUUGCUGUUCAUCUGAUGCUUUUGAAAGAAUAGACUCGUUUAGUGUGCAGUCAUUAGAUAGCCGUAGUGUAAGUGAAAUCAAUUCAGAUGAUGAACUUUCAGGCAAAGGAUAUGCUCUGGUACCUAUUAUAGUUAAUCCUUCAACUCCAAAGACUAAAGUAAUUGAAUCUGUUGAAGGAAAAUCUGAAGAAGAAGUGAAUGAAACAUUAAUUGUACCCACUGAAGAAACGGAAAUGGAAGAAAGUGGACGAAGUGCAACACCUGUUAAUUGUGAACAACCUGAUAUCUUGGUUUCUUCUACACCGAUAAGUGAGGAACAUACUGUGUCAGACAAAGUGGCCGAGCCGCACGAAACUGCUGAAAGUAAGCCAGAAGCACACUUUGAGAAGGAAGAUGUUUUCAAGAGGGUCGAAUUUCUGAAUGAGAAACUGGAUAAAAGGGAGGCUCAGUUAUUAUCUCUUAGUAAAGAAAAAGCACUUCUGGAAGAAGCGUAUGAUAAUCUGAAAGAUGAAAUGUUCAGAGUGAAAGAGGAAAGCAGCAGCAUUUCUUCCUUGAAAGAUGAAUUUACUCAAAGAAUUGCAGAAGCAGAAAAGAAAGUUCAGCUAGCCUGUAAAGAGAGAGAUGCUGCUAAAAAGGAAAUCAAAAGUAUAAAAGAAGAACUUGCUACUAGAUUAAAUAGUAGUGAAACUUCAGAACUUUUGAAAGAGAAAGAUGAACAGAUCCGAGGGUUAAUGGAAGAAGGAGAAAAACUUUCAAAACAGCAGCUGCAUAAUUCUAACAUUAUUAAGAAAUUAAGAGCUAAAGACAAAGAAAAUGAAAAUACUAUUGCAAAACUGAACAAAAAAGUUAAAGAGCUAGAAGAAGAGUUGCAACAUUUAAAACAGGUCCUUGAUGGCAAAGAAGAGGUUGAGAAACAGCAUAGAGAAAGCAUUAAAAAACUAAAUUCUGUGGUAGAACGCCAAGAGAAGGAUCUAGGCCGACUGCAGGUAGACAUGGAUGAACUUGAAGAAAAGAACCGAAGUAUUCAAGCUGCUCUGGAUAGUGCGUACAAAGAACUUACUGAUCUCCAUAAAGCCAAUGCUGCAAAGGAUAGCGAGGCACAGGAAGCUGCUCUAAGUCGUGAAAUGAAAGCCAAAGAAGAACUUUCUGCAGCACUAGAGAAGGCCCAAGAAGAAGCUCGUCAGCAGCAAGAAACAUUAGCGAUUCAAGUGGGAGACCUCAGGCUGGCACUGCAACGUGCAGAACAGGCGGCUGCCAGAAAAGAGGAUUAUUUACGCCAUGAGAUCAGUGAACUCCAGCAGAGACUUCAGGAAGCAGAGAAUCGAAACCAAGAGCUGAGUCAAAGUGUUUCAUCAACAACAAGACCAUUGCUUCGACAGAUAGAAAAUUUGCAAGCAACUCUAGGGUCCCAGACAUCAUCAUGGGAGAAGUUAGAGAAGAAUCUUUCUGAUAGGCUUGGUGAAUCCCAGACCUUGUUGGCAGCAGCAGUUGAAAGAGAACGUGCAGCUACAGAAGAACUCCUUGCCAACAAAAUUCAAAUGUCAUCCAUGGAGUCACAGAAUUCUCUCUUGAGGCAGGAAAAUAGUAGAUUUCAGGCCCAGCUAGAAGCAGAGAAAAAUAAGCUAAGAAAACUGGAGGAUGAAAAUAGUAGGUACCAGGUUGAAUUAGAAAGCCUAAAAGAUGAAUAUGUAAGAACACUUGAAGAGACCAGGAAAGAAAAGACACUAUUGAAUAGUCAGUUAGAAAUGGAGAAAAUGAAAGUUGAACAAGAAAGGAAGAAAGCAAUUUUCACCCAAGAAGCUGUCAAAGAAAAGGAACGGAAGCCAUUUUCUGUUUCUAGUACUCCCACAAUCUCACGAUCAAGUUCAAUAAGUGGAGUUGAUAUGGCAGGGCUGCAGACAUCCUUUCUGUCUCAGGAUGAGCCUCAUGAUCACUCAUUUGGACCAAUGUCUUUAUCAGCAAAUGGAAACAAUCUUUAUGAUGCUGUAAGAAUGGGAGCAGGAUCCAGCAUUAUUGAAAAUCUACAGUCUCAGCUAAAGCUGAAGGAAGGAGAAAUUACUCAUUUACAGCUAGAAAUUGGCAAUCUAGAAAAAACACGCUCAAUAAUGGCUGAAGAGCUAGUUAAACUAACAAAUCAAAAUGAUGAACUUGAAGAGAAGGUAAAGGAGAUACCCAAACUUCGAACUCAGCUAAGAGAUUUGGAUCAGAGAUACAACACUAUUCUGCAGAUGUAUGGAGAGAAAGCAGAAGAGGCAGAAGAACUUCGAUUAGAUCUUGAAGAUGUAAAAAAUAUGUAUAAGACUCAAAUAGAUGAACUUUUAAGACAAAGACUCAGUUAACUUCUGCAUAUUACAUUCCCAUCAUACUGAAUGUAAACAUUUAAUAUCUAAAUGUAGACUUCCAAUAAAUUCUUUUAUAGAAUUAGAGUGGAAUUUACUGUAGAGAUCAAAAACUGAAAAAAAUUAUUUUAUAGUAUAUAGUAAUAUUUGCAGUUAAAUUAUUUUGUGCAAUAUUUGAACUUUAUUUUUGAAACUAUUCUUUAAAGAUUUAUUUUUUAAAGUGUCUUUUUUUCUUUUUUUUUUUUUUGGGUCUUGAAAGCACAGAGAUUAACUACUUUUCCUCAUAUCCGGAUAGUUAGGGAAAGAGAAUGGUGUUCAUAUGUGGUAUUGUAAAUAUUAAUUGUGUCUCUAAUUUAUAUGUGUUUGUAUAUAUUAAGGACAUUUAAAGAGUGAUAUUAACAUAUUAAAACUUUGAAAUCUUUCACACUUCAACAUACCUAAUUACUACUUCAUGAAAAUGGACAUUAAGUCUUCUAGUAAAAAAAAUACUAAACCUUAUGCAAUUGUUAAAUUUUGAGCUAAUUGUUUUUAAGUAGAAGUCACACUGACACUAUCUGAGGUUUAAAGGGUGAAUGGUUUAAACUUUAAAAUUUUUGUGGCCCAUGAAAUUAUUUCACCCAGAUUCUAUAAUUAAGUCUGUACAAAUUUUAUCUCUCUGGGAAAAGCUAUAACCAUGCAGUUAGUUAUACAGGAAUGAUUGGAUAGUGGAAAAAUUUUACUUACAUUUUAAAGUGUUAUUUUUGGCACAUUAAAAAUCAGUGAUAUUACAGAAUAUUCAUAAAAAUAGAGAAGUUAUAGGAGUUUGAAUUUGGCAUUUUGCAAUUCUGUGUAAUUUAUCAUUUUAUUUUUUCUCAAAACUUCAUUUAAACACAAAAAGUGUGGAAGAGCUUUAAAAAAUAGCUAUGCUUUCUUUCAAAUGUUUUGUUUUUAAAAGUUAACCAGGCUGUUUUGGAUUUGUGAAAUAUUUUGAUACAUUUUAUUACUGAAAGUCAUUUAGCUGCCUUGGAAAUAAAAACUUACGUUUAAAUUUUAGUUUAAUUUUAAACACUAGAGCUUUGGAGUAUAGUUACAAGCAAGCCACGUUGAAGAAUUUGGAAUGCUUUUCAGGGCAAUUUAAGUGACCUCAUUUUUGUUCUUUUUGUAUUCCAGACAGCAUUUCUGUCCUGGAUCUCUAAUUUGUAGCACUAAUAAAUAUUCUUUCAGUGUGAACCAAACUCAUAAAAUUAAUUUUCUAUAUAUUAGAGUAAAAAGCAGUGUAAUAGCUUUUUGUCAGCUUGUAUUUUUUUUUUUUUUUUUAAUAUUCAGGGGCUGACGAGGAA